AAAGGAGGACAGCGGAGACGUUACAGCGGCGGCGAACCAUAAAGGAGGGGAAGAAAAGGCGUUUUAUGUCGAUGCUCUUGACGACCGCCGUCGACAGCGAAGACUGACAGUCGGUUGCGUCCAGUGCAAGGCUCAGCUGUGGAUGCAUUUGACACAGACUGUCCGCAGAAGGUCUCUGUCAGCAGCAUGGGACAGCAUCUAGGAAAGAGGGAGUCACCCAUGGACGGCAAGGCUUCAUCACCUGAAUCCAAAGAAGCCCAGACAGCAGCAGCAGCAGCAGCAGAACCUGAAUCUCAGGAUGAAGUCUUUGGCUCGGGUGAGGCAGAUGCGAACCAGAACAAUGGCUGCGUCUCGGAGAAGCCGGCGGUGACUGACUCCACAGGCGCUGAGGGCCCCCGCCAGCCCUGGAUCCCCGCCAGCACAGCUGACCCUGACGCCGCCACACCACGCCCCCACCUGGCCCGCCUCUUCUCCCGAGAUGCCCCGGGCCGAGAAGACAACACCUUCAAAGACCGACCCUCCGAAUCAGACGAGCUGCAGACCAUCCAGGAGCACAACGGAGCUGCCUCAGAGUGCGGGUCGGAUAGCCCCGAACAGGACCUACAAAAACUACCAACUACUACUACCGCAAUGGCAUCUGCAAGCAGCUCCGCACAGGCUGCCUUCGGGUUGGGCCGGAGGAAGAAGAACCCCGGCCUCCUGGAUCAGAUCGGAAAGUUCUUUGGAGGGGACAAGAAGAGGAAGAGCAAGGGAUCUUUCCGAGCUCUCUCUCCAGCCACUCAAAAAGCCUCUGCGACCUCCCCACGUAAGCGUGGAGCAGAGAACGCUGUGGUCCAUUUCUUCCGCACGAUGGGCAACCAGAAGUCACAGUCUGCUAAAGCCAAGAAGGCCAGUGCUGGGGACGGCAAAGGCACCCUGACUAGGAUCUUCAAAAUGGGAAGCAGGAGUGCUUCUCCAGCCAAACGCUGAGGUCCCUCUCUACAACCCCUUCCAACAGCAUGUGGGCAGAUGUUCAAGAACACGGGAC